GCCUUCAUUCCCUGGCCACGCCCCCCCCAGGACCCCUGCCCCUCCCGGGACACCGACCCCGCCCUCAGUCCACUGGUCCCGGGCCGCGGCGGACCCUGUGCACUCUCUGGCCAACACCUGGGAGGAAGAUGCUACCGCCGCGGCAAGGUCCCGGCGGCCAACACCUCCUCCUCCUCCUGGUCCUCCUGCUGCCCUCGCUACCCCCGACCCGCGCCCCCGUCCCCCCAGGCCCAGCCGCCGCCCUGCUCCAGGCUCUCGGGCUGCGCGAUGCGCCCCAGGGCGCCCCCAGGCUCCGGCCGGUUCCCCCGGUCAUGUGGCGCCUGUUUCGACGCCGGGACCCCCAGGAGACCAGGUCUGGCUCGCGGCGGAUGUCCCCAGGGGUCACCCUGCAACCGUGCCACGUGGAGGAGCUGGGGGUCGCCGGAAACAUCGUGCGCCACAUCCCGGACCGCGGUGCGCCCACCCGGGCCUCGGAUCCUGCCUCAGCUUUGGGGCAUUGCCCUGAGUGGACAGUCGUCUUCGACCUGUCGGCUGUGGAAUCUGCUGAGCGCCCGAGCCGGGCCCGCCUGGAGCUGCGUUUCGCGGCUAUGCACGCAACCGCCCCGGGAGCCGCCGACUUGCCUUGCUGCGUGCCCGCGCGCCUGUCGCCCAUCUCCGUGCUCUUCUUUGACAACAGUGACAACGUGGUGCUGCGGCAGUAUGAGGACAUGGUGGUGGACGAGUGCGGCUGCCGCUAACGCGGGGCGGGCGAGGACGCGGGCCCAACAAUAAACGUCGCGUGGU